CGCUCUUUCCUCCGGGCCCUGGGUGGAUCGCUCCUCCAGCUGCAGCCCUCCUGAGCCCGGAGCCGAAGCCGUCCUCCUGCCGCGGUCUCUCCGCUGUUCCGUGGACCAGAACGUACCCACGAAGGGCCCCACAGCACAGCGAUGUGUGCUGAUGAUGAUGGUUUACGACGUCAUCAGCUCCCACUGGGCGCCGCUGCAGUUUUCUUACAAAGAAUAACCAUGGAAACCUGCUGACCCCCACUUUGCCUUGAGAGGAUCCAAGAUGGCGGCUCAUCGCAUCCGCGCCUCCACCAGCAGUAACCCCGCCCUGCCCCGCUGCCGCUCCGAGGGGACCCUCAUCGACCUGAGCGAGGGCGUGUCCGAGGCCUCGCUCACCCAUGUCAAAGUGCCUUCUCCCAGUGCCUUGCGGUUGGACUCCACGGCCUCGUUCGGUGCUGCCCGUGAGGUGGUGGCCAUCAAGGACUACUGCCCUUCCAGCUUCACCACGCUCAAGUUCUCCAAAGGGGACCGCCUGUACGUGCUGGACUCUUCUGGAGGCGAGUGGUGGUACGCGCACAACAACACUGAGAUGGGCUACAUACCUGCCGCCUACGUGCAACCACUCAACUACCGCGACUCCUCCUUCAGCGACAGUGGCAUGAUCGACACCCUGGGAGAGGUCAGCGAAGACCCGGCCAAAGAGCUGGACCUGCUGGGAGAAUGGCCCGGCGUGAUCCUCAAACCUCACCUCCACAACCCCUUCACCAACACCUCCACCAACCCAUUCAUCAGCGCUGAAAGCUCGCUAGACCAGAACAGGAACCAAAAAUCUGUAGACCUGCUGUUCUUCGACCCUCCUGCUGCAUCAGAUUCUGACAGUGGCUUUCCAAACCUGUCCGUCCCAGUGACACCUUCAGGGUUGGGUUCUUCGUUACGUAGAGACAACCCGUUCUUCAGAAGCAAGCGUUCCUAUAGUCUGUCAGAAUUGUCCAUCUUGCAAUCUCAGUCAGAUGGCACUCAAAUGUCCAGCGGGUUCUUUGGAGGUUUGAAGGCACCGGCCCCUGAGCAGUUCCAGAGCAGAGAGGACUUCAGAGAGGCGUGGCUUACUCACCGGAAACUUGCCAGGUCUUGCCACGAUUUGGACUCCAUCGGACAGAAUCCUGGCUGGGGUCAAACGCAGCCAGUGGAGACAAACAUUGUGUGCCGGUUGGAUCAUUCAGGCGGUGCAGUCCAGCUCCCAGACACCAAUAUCAGCAUCUACAUUCCAGAAGGCCACGUGCUCCAGGGAGACACCCAGCAGAUCUCCAUGAAAGCCCUGCUAGACCCACCACUGGAGCUGAACAACGACCGCUGCACUACGGUCAGCCCGGUGGUGGAGAUCAAACUGAGCAACAUGGAGACCAAAAGCCCAGUGACUCUGGAGAUGAAGCUGUCCGUGGUGGUCAAGAUGGAGAGCCGGCAGAGUACUGAGGUCCUCUGUGUGCGGAGUGAUUGCAAAGAGGGUCCUUACACCCCUGUUCCACAAGCCUACAUGUACGGAGACACGGUGCAGGUGUGUUUGGACAACUUGGAGCCCUGUAUAUAUGUGUGCGUGGUAGCGCAGUCAAAGGCCCUGUCGCCAGAGACCACUGUCUGGGAGCAAGUGGUCAAGAAGAUCACCUUAGGGGUGUAUGGACCCAAGCAUAUCCACCCGCUCUUUAAAACCGUGGUAGCUCUGUUCGGUCAUGACUGUGCUCCCAAGACGCUGCUGGUGAAUGAGGUGGGGAAGCAGGCACAGGCAACUCCCUCUGUGGCUCUGCAGCUGUGGGGGAAGCACCAGUUUGUCCUGUCCAAGCCCCAGGACCUACAUGUGGGGGUCUAUUCCAACAUGGCCAACUACAAGGUCCAGCCCGGAGAGGCUAAGAUCGUGCGAGGGUUCCAGGUCAAACUGGGGAAAGUGAGCCGACUGGUGUACGUCAUCUCCUCCCAGAAUGCAGAGGAGCUGUCAGACUUCACCUUGCGCAUCCAGGUCAAGAGCCAUCAGGACUGUAUCCUGGCACAGUUCUGUGUGCAGACACCAACGGCUCCUCCUAAAGCAGGGCCCAAGAGUUCUGUACAGCGCCGGUUCCUCAAGAAGAAGGAGGUGGGGAAGAUAGUACUAUCUCCUCUAGCUGUGGCCACUAAAUACCCUGUGUUCCAAGACCGCAAAAUCAACAACCUGAAGUUUGGAAAGCUUAUCAAAACAGUCAUCAGGCAAAAUAAGAACCAGUACCUGCUGGAGUACAAAAAAGGAGACUUUGUGGUCCUGCUCAGUGAGGAGAAGAUCAGACUGAAGGGACACCUGUGGACUAAGGAGUGGUACAUUGGAUAUUACCAGGGCAAGGUGGGUCUGCUACACACCAAGAAUGUGCUGAUUGUUGGAAAAGUCAAACCCAUUUACUUUAACGGGCCUGAGCUCACCACGUCUGGUCUGCUGGAGCAGCUCCUAAAGCCUUCUAAGUUCCUGACAUACAUCUAUGCCUCUGUGAGGACCGUUCUGAUGGAGAACAUUGGGGAUUGGAGAGCCUUUGCAGACGCUCUGGGCUACAAGAACCUGCCUCUGAGCCACUUCUGCAGAGCUGAGCUGGACAGUGAGCCUGAGAGGGUGGCCUCUGUGCUGGAGAAACUCAAAGAGGACUGUAACAAUGCUGACAGUAAGGAGAGGAAGUCCUUUCAGAAGGAACUGCUUACGGCCCUGCUGAAGUUGGACUGCCAGGGGCUGGUGGCACGCCUCAUCAUGGACUUUGUGCUCCUGACCACUGCGGUGGAGGUGGCCGGCCGCUGGAGGGAGCUCGCCGACAAACUAGCCAAAGUGUCCCGGCAACAGAUGGACGCCUACGAGGCACCCCAUCGAGACAGGAGCGGGGUGGUGGACAGUGAGGCCAUGUGGAAGCCUGCCUAUGACUUCCUGGUGACGUGGGCCGCGCAGAUCGGGGACAGUUACCGGGAUGUGCUGCAGGAGCUGCACCUGGGGCUGGACCGCAUGAAGAGCCCCAUCACCAAACGCUGGAGGCACCUGACGGGGACUAUGAUCCUGGUCUACUGCCUGGAACAACUGCGGAGCCAUGCCUUCAGCCCCGCCCCCCCAGACGACUGUGCCAUCUGAGACCCCGCCCCCAGGAUGACUGUGCCAUCUGAGACUCCGCCCCCAGGAUGAUUGUGCCAUCUUAGACCCCGCCCCCAGGAUGACUGUGCCAUCUGAGACCCCGCCCCCAGGAUCUUUUUGCCACCUAAAGCUCCACCCCCUGGAACACUGUGCCCCGCCCCCUGGAACAUUGUGCUGUUAGAGGCCCCGCCCCCCAGCACGAAGCUCAGUCCCCCGAAACGCUGUUUCAUCUGAAGCUCCACCCCCAGGAAGACUGAAAGAUGAACCCCAGCUCCGAGAACCACAGUGCCAUCUGAAGCCCUGCCCCUCUGUGUCACUGUUCCAUUUGGAACUCUGUCCCACUCUGCCCCCUCAAGCCAUGCCCCCCAGGUGCACUGUACCAUCUGAAGCUCCGCCCCCUGUACCAAGGCUCAGGGCUUCAGAUGGCAGAGUGGAGCAGUGCCCUAAACCCUGCUUUUCUUUUUCCCCUGGGAGCCUGGAGUUGAGUGUACCAGCUGGUAGUAGUUGAAGUUCUCUCUCACACCGACAGAGUGACUGGAGAUAGUACUGUCCAGUUCAGAUUAAGCCCAUCUCUGUACCUGAUUUUUACUGUCUUAAAAAGCAUGAAAAACAGAACUAUUUCACUGGAAACAGUUUGCAGUGGUCCAAAGUUAGUCCUCACUUACUUUAGACUUCAGAUCAUCCUAAUAAUUCACCACGAUGAGUUUAUAAUUGCUUUUUCACAAUACAUAGAAACCAGAGUGCUGUUUUGCUGUAAUGCUAAAGCUAACAACAACUAGCAUGCUAACACACACUUCUUGAUUAGGAGACAGUUAAAGACUUAAUAAUUAGAUGCAGACAGUACACAGUGGACUUAUAUUGACCACAAGAGCUGCUCAUACAAUAUAUCUGUACUGGGGCAAGACACUUUGCUCAAAUACAUGAAAGAAAAUCACAUCCAGGACAUUUAAGUUGGACAAAGACCAGAGUCUUCUGACCAGCUGGUGCACUCUGCUUCUGCUCUCCACUCCACACUCCCUGAGACCCUCCUCUCUUUUUAUCCCUGGGACCCUCCUCAUGUCCCUCAUGUCCCUCCUUGUAUCUCUGCUCUCUCAGGAAAUAAACAUGUAUGACUGUGUGUUAAUGCCAAAUAGGGGCCCCUUCAGGGCCUCUCCUCUGAGCAGCAGACACUCUCUGACCUGACCACUGCAGACUCCCGAUCUUUUCUAUGGACAUACAGAAUAUUCAGACGCUCUGGUUUUGUAGUUUGGGAAAUAAAAUGAAUGUAGCAGAUGA